CACGGCAAGCGAGGACAUCAGUGAUGACCACCACCCUGGGAUCCUUGGCCGAGUUCUGCCCAGACUCUGGCAAUAUCGAAGUCUACCUGGAAAGGUUCGACCUGUAUGCAACCGCCAAUGGAGUAGACGCAAGUAAGAAGUUGCAAGUCUUCUUAACAAUCCUGGGUGAAAAGGCUUACGUGACUCUGCGUAGCCUGCUGCUGCCGAAGAAACCAACGGAAGUCAAGUACGAAGAAGCUACAGAAGCUCUCCGAAAGCACUAUGCUCCAAAACGGUCAGUGGUUACCGAACGGUAUCACUUUUACCAGCGAAAGCAAGAGCCGGAUGAAAGCCUAAAACAGUUCAUCGUUGAGCUGAAAAGACUGGCUGCAAUGUGCUCGUUUGGAAGCUUUUUGGAAGAAGCACUCCGGGAUCGACUGAUUGCUGGAAUCGGGACGGAUUCGAUUCGAUGCCGUCUUCUUGCCCUGUCAGACGACGAAGUCACCUGGGAGCGAGUAUGCAAAAUUGCCACCGCCUUGGAAACGGCCCAGAAAGACACCCGAGAAAUGCUAUCGGAGGGGUCAACCGCCAGUCCUGCGGACGUUUACUGGCAUCGGGAGCCCACCACGCAAGGCAGGCGACACGCGACGAAGACCGCUAGCAACGAGCAGCGUGCCCCCCAAAACGGUCCAAGGAAGCAACGUGGGAAAGGCAUUGGUCGCGCCUGUUAUAGAUGCGGCGGACUGCACGCGCCACCUGGUAGUGUUAAAGAAAAUGAUGUACCUCUGCCACAUGCAAGUGAACUGCUUGAAAGUGAAAGUGUCUUUGCACCCACCUCAAACCGGCCAGUGUUGGAUCGGAGUGAUGGUGGCCCACCCUCACGUGGAGCCCAAAGUGCGUCAACGUCAGAACAGAACGAUGCCGGUUCACCUGUGCUGCUCAGGCGCAGCGCUCGUGAGAAGCGCAAGCCAGAUCGUCUGACGUAUGACAGAUUCUGA